GACCAAUGCUUGUUUGUGCACCAAAUCCUAGUACCACAAUUUUGUUUUCUUGUUAUUUUGCUCAAAUUGCACUUCUUUUCAUUCAAAAAUCCAAUCUUGCUUCUGCAAAAACUGAAUAUUCCCUUCAAGAAUCCAAUACCCAAUAUUUUCUUCCUUGUGGUUUUUUUUUUUUUGGUUCUGAAAACUCCCAUUUCCGAGAGACAUGUAUGCAUUUAUUUGGUGAGAAUUGUAAAGAGGAAGAAAGGGUUUAACAAAAACUUGAUUCUUUGUUUAUUUUUCAUCUUUUUUUGGUGUCAUUUCUUGUUGGAGAGCAAUCUCCAGAGAAGGAAGUUGACCAAGGGAAGAAAAACCCAGAAACCAAAAAGAAAGAAGAAAAUAUACAUCUUUGUUUUUUAGUGUAUUUAAAAAAAAAAAAGAAGUAGAUAUGAGGAUAAAGGGGAAAAACUUUGAUGGAGAAGGUGGGGAGGAAGAGGAACAGAAGCUUGUUGUUGGGUAUGCUUUGACAUUGAAGAAGAAAAAGAGUUUCUUGCAACCCGAGUUUGAGCGUUUGGCUUGGAAAAAGGGGAUAUUAUUUGUCGCCAUUGAUGUAAACCUACCACUGUCGGACCAGGGUCCUUUUGACAUUAUUUUACACAAGUUGUUGGGGAAAGAGUGGAGCGAUAUUGUUGAGGACUAUCGACAAACACAUCCAGAAGUAACUGUUAUUGAUCCUCCAUAUGCGAUACAACAACUACACAAUCGCCAGUCAAUGCUUCAGGAUGUUGUUGAUUUAAACUUAUCAGACUUCCAUGGCAGAGUUGGUGUUCCAAAACAAAUGGUUAUCAUGAAAGAUCCGCUUUCCAUCCCGGAUGAAGUUGCUAAAGCUGGGCUGAAGUUACCCUUAGUUGCUAAACCACUAGUAGUGGAUGGAAGUGCCAAGUCACACGAGCUGUUUCUUGCAUGUGAUUGGUCCUCUCUAUCUGAACUUGAGCCUCCAUUGGUCCUACAAGAGUUUGUGAAUCAUGAUGGUAUUCUUUUUAAAAUUUAUAUCGUUGGGGAUGCAAUUAAGGUUGUAAGGCGGUUCUCUCUGGCCAAUGUCAACAAAUGUCAGCGUGCAAAAGUUCCUGGUAUUUUUCCUUUUCCAAGGGUUUCAUCGGCUGCUGCUUCUGCUGAUGAUGCAGAUUUGGACCCCCGCAUUGCUGAACUUCCUCCAAAGCCUUUGCUGGAGAGACUUUCAAAGGAGCUCCGUCACCGGCUGGGCCUUCGAUUGUUCAAUAUAGAUAUGAUCCGAGAGCAUGGGACAAGAGACAUCUUUUAUGUGAUUGACAUUAACUACUUUCCUGGGUAUGGCAAAAUGCCUGAUUAUGAGGUCAUUUUUACGGAUUUUCUACUGACUUUCAAGAAGAAAUAGUACAGGGCUAUCAGUUGUGAAGACUGAAGAGAGUAUAGAAGGAAAUAUCGAUUGAUCUUAAAAGAUGUUUCACGUAAAGUGUGGCUCGGAGUCUGGAAGAACUGACACAAAAACUGAAAUUAGUUUAACUUCCAUAAUUACUGACUGGUAUGAAUGCCUUUGCUCAAGUCACUAAAGUAUGGGUGGUUCAUUACAUUUUAGCCCUAUAAUACUUGUGAUUGAUUCUGUUCUAGAAACAAGAUUACACAAUGAUAUAAAAAAUUUCUUUUUCA